AUGCUGAGGGGAGAAGGCGGGGGGACCCUGGUCUCCCUUAGGGUCAGCAUUGGCCAGAGGCAGCCCACGGCCCCGGACGUCGACCCCGGGCCUGACGCGAGAAGCCGAAGGGAUCAAAGAGUGGACGCCCAGGCUGGGCGGCGGGACGGAGCCCGGCUCCCAGCCCGCCAUGGACCUCGGAGGGCCCCGGCCCUGUCCUGCCUGCUGCCGCUGGUCACCUUUUGGCGCCGCCGGUUUUCGGGGCUGCCCCCCGGCCCCGCUCCGCCGUCCUGGGUGGGCAACAUGCUCAAGGUGGACGUGGCAGACCUGCCGCGGUCCCUCCGCCAGCUGAGCCACAAGUACGGGCCCAUCUACACCUUCCACCUGGGCUUCCCGCCCCUGCAUCGUCCUUUCCGGCUUCCAGGGAUCGCGUACGGCUCCGGGGAAGGCUGGAAACAGCUGUGCCGCUUCGCCGUCACCACGCCGAAGAACUUGGGAAUGGGCAAGCGCAGCAUGGAGCACCGGAUCCAGGAGGAGGCCCAGCACCUGCUGGACGAAUUUCACAAAACCGGAGGUGAGGGUCCCUCCGGGUCCCCCGUCCCCAGCCCGCUCGCCUCCUCGUUCCUUGCUCGCUCAGGGCCCGUUCAACUGGGGUGCACCGGUUGGCGGGCCACCCCGGGGACAGCGGCUGUACGGGAGAAGUCUCUGGCACCUGCCGGGAAGGAGUAAGGCCCGGUUCCGUUCCCUGCCUCGGUUUCCCCGUCCUAUAGGAAGGGUCGGGGAAAGGUCUUAAGGGGCU